ACGGUGCAGUCAUUCGUCUAUGUCAACUAACCAAGAUAAUUAGAGAGCUUCUUUCACCUUUUUUUUCUCCUUCGUGCACGCGAAGAUAAAAAACAUCUCUGUGGAUUAAUUCCUCAAUCCAGAUCAAAGGUGUCUUUCAUUCUGUCUGUUGUUUACAGAGGGAGGCUUGAGAAAUGAGUCCGAAAGGCUUGAUUUAUAGUUUUGUUGCAAAGGGAACUGUGGUUCUAGCAGAGCACACUCCCUACUCGGGAAAUUUCAGUACCAUUGCUGUCCAAUGCCUGCAAAAGCUCCCUUCCAACAGCAGCAAGUACACUUACUCUUGUGAUGGACAUACAUUCAAUUUCCUGAUUGACAGUGGAUUUGUUUUCCUUGUCGUUGCUGAUGAAUCGAUGGGAAGAAGUGUACCAUUUGUGUUUCUCGAGAAAGUGAAGGAUGACUUCAAACAACGUUAUGGUGAUAGUAUCCAAAGCAAUGACUCACACCCACUUUCUGACAAUGACUACAACGAUAAUGAUUUGUUUGAGGAUCGAUUUAGCAUUGCAUACAAUCUUGAUCGUGAAUUUGGGCCAAGGCUUAAAGAGCAUAUGGAAUAUUGUAUGAAUCAUCCAGAAGAAAUAAGUAAGCUUUCCAAAUUGAAAGCUCAAAUAACAGAAGUCAAAGGGAUAAUGAUGGACAAUAUUGAGAAGGUUUUGGACCGAGGUGAAAAGAUAGAAUUGCUGGUGGAUAAAACCGAAAACCUUCAGUUCCAGGCUGACAGCUUUCAAAGGCAAGGAAGGCAGCUACGUCGAAAAAUGUGGUUGCAAAAUCUUCACAUGAAGCUGAUGGUUGGAGGAGGAAUUCUUAUCCUAAUUUGUAUCAUCUGGUUCAUUGCUCAUUGAGGUAUCAAAUGUUGACAGUGUUCAAUUAAUGUUGCAUAUAUUGACUUGUGUGGAGUCUGUUAUCAUCCUUAUAUGUACAAAAACUAGUACUGCAUGUUCUUGCACUUCUAUGACUGCUAUUUCCCGACCCCUUUUGUUUUUAGAUUUA